ACCCACCAUGUUCAUUGCAUAUGACAGCAAAAGGUCGCCCUCCAACUCUGAAACGCACGUUACAACUCCUUCAAAACUAAAUUACUUCGUAGUUGACGAUGAUAAUACGGACAAAUUAAUAAAUGAGGAAGACCCCCAGCAACUGGUCUACGAAAUCGCAGACGGCAUCUUUGAUCAUGAGGAUGGAAGAUACUUUGAGACCAGCUCGCAAGACUCAGCGGCUAACCCCUCCUGCUCAUCCCAGUACAGCGUAGAUAAACGACUUCAGUAUUGGAAAGAUGUGCUGCGAGAGCGACGUGCAUUGCAGGAAAAGCUGCGCCUAGCGACUGGCAAGCUACCCCAAGACAUUCUCUUCAAUCGCAUCUCAAGCAUCGACAAUCGUGAAAAGGAGACCAUGAAGCGGGUCCUUGAGCACGCGAAAAUAUCCUCUACUGGGCCCAGUAUGCAAAAAGGACAAGCCUUCGAGUUUGUUGGCAUGCCCCAGCACACAAUUACUGAGAUGAUGGGAGAAGAGAAAGAUCAAGGCGCAACUAAAAAUCCCUGGCUGCAGUCGCAGGCGCUUGAUCAUCACCUACGGAAACAAAUCCCUCACAUAAAACGGGUACUGAAUUGUCCUCCCGACUUCGAGAAACUGCAGGUCGUGGGCACCAAAUCGACGUUUAGCCGUGCCGGAGAGCUGUUCUCCCUACAUUCAAUAUCAAGUCAAUCCGAAGAGUCGUGUCCUGAGCUACAACAGUUUUUCAGCGUACAAAGCUAUGCAUCGCGUGCCUCGAAAGGUAAGACCGCUGGCCUUUACAUUAACGGUACCCUUUACAAGGACGUGGGGGCGGAAAAUGCACCCUUCGUUGAACGACUUUUCUGUUGCAAUCCCUUCGAGCGACUUUUGCGUCCGGUGUUGCGUUUCGAGAACAAUGGCAAUAAAGUGUUCAGUCUGUGCUGGUUGCGUCAGGAGUUCUUCGCAUACAACGGCACUUUAAUGGACACCCUGGACGAUGAGUUUGUAAUGGAUACAGAACCGUUUAUGCUGCGGCCAGGCGAGGUGCGUCUAGUGCGUGUUCUCUUCCAGCCCCGUAAAGUGUGCAUUGUAAAGCAGAAGUGGUUGCUCUUGAUAGGCCGUCGUAUCAAAAAUCGACGCCUCUCUGGCUUUAACCUGUAUCUGCAUGGUAGGUGUACGCCCCCCGAGGAAUAUACCCAAAUUCUUGACCAAAAAAUUGCAGUAGUAUCUAAUCUGGUGCAAAAGAACAUUAAACGCAAUUGCAAACGGUUCGUGCCAACGCCAAGGACAUUUCCAUGUCUAUAUCAUCGUCAAGUCAAGCCGGAAGAGCGGCAGAUGUUCAAUGAGUGCAACAAAGGGUAUUACUGCAAGAGCUAUGACGACCUUGAAAUUCUAAAGCAGAUAUUUAAUAGCGUGAACAAUUCAAGCGCUGCACCCAAAUGGGACUUGAGUGCCCAAACGCUUAUUGCGUCAAUAUGUGACUUGCCCGAUCUGGAUCAGCGAAUGGCGUACUUUGAGGAACUGCAGCUAGUCUUGGCGCGUAUGCGCACUUGUGCUACCGACAAUCAAUAUAACGAUGAUGGUCUUCAGUUGUUAGAGCGAAAGCUCUCCAGAUACAUCUAUGUGCGCGGCCUUAUCAGCAAUGCCAUCGAAGUGUGGGAGAGCCACAUUUUUGCACUGGAGGGAAAACUCUUCAAACUGGCCUUGCAACGUCAAAGCCUGCACACCGUCAUUGAAGAGGAAGAGAAACUCAUGUCCUUUUCCGAUCUAAGAGACAUGAUCAGGAACGGCUUCAGUAAGGCUGUGCAAUGGGAGGGCAGUGCGGAAAUGAACGCAAAGACGAGAAAAAAAGUAACGCACUCCAAGUACUUUAAAGAUACGAUCUAUAUCUAUACUUACACCAAGCUUUGCAGCGUGGCUGAAGACAUUGUAUCUGUAAUUGAAAGUACGGAGGUUUGGUAGGCUUUUUGUUAGUCGUCCAGUUUAUUUGAACAACGAGCACAAUACAGAACUAAAUACACAAUCACUUAUUUAGUUA